AUGAAAGGAUCACAAGAAGAAGAGACCAACCACCAGCCUCAGAUCGUUGAUCAAGGACAGCCCAAAACUGUAGAAACAGAGCACCAACCACCACAACAACCUGCUUCUUUGCCUCAGAUCGCUGAUCAAGAACAGCCCAAAUCCAUAGAAACAGAGCACCAAACAACACAACCACCUGUUUCGUCGUCUCCGGAUCAGAAGCCGACAGAUUCUAAGAAAUGGGGGACUCACGUGAUGGGAGCUCCGGCGGCUCCCGUGGCUCAUCCCGAUAACCAACAAGCGGCGGCUUGGGUCGCCGGAGAUAACCAGCAGUCGCAGCAGCAACCGUACAUCAUCUACUCUCCUGUCGAGCAUCCUCCAACUAACAACCCUCUCGAGCCCGUCAUCGGAAUGUUCCAUACUUGGAGCCGUAAGGCUGAGACCGUCGCUCGUAACCUCUGGCACAAUCUGAAUACGGGUCCGUCUAUGCCGGAAACGGCGUGGGGGAAAAUUAAUCUGACGGCGAAAGCGAUAACAAAGGGAGGAUUCGAAUCCCUUUUCAGGCAGAUCUUCGGAACAGAGCCGAACGAGAAGCUGAAGAAAACUUUCGCAUGUUACCUCUCGACGACGACGGGACCUGUCGCCGGAACUCUGUAUCUCUCGAAUUUACGCGUCGCGUUCUGCAGCGACCGUCCUCUCUUCUUCACAGCGCCUUCUGGCCAAGAAGCUUGGAGCUACUACAGGGUGGUUGUACCGUUGGUGAAUGUUGGGACGGUAAAUCCGGUGGUGGUGAAGGAGACUCCGCCGGAGAAGUAUAUUCAGUUGACGACGGUGGAUGGACAUGACUUUUGGUUUAUGGGUUUUGUGAACUACGAGAAGGCUACGCAUCAUCUGCUGACCAGUGUCUCCGAUUCUCAAACCGCACACAGCUCUGUGUCUAGUUAG